AUGUCAAAGAACUUUUCCCAACACCUCUUCGGUGAAGAGACACUUUCGUUCUUUUUUUUCUUGUCAAGUCUUUACUUUCGUUCGUUCGCCCUGGUCGGCUGGAUUAAUUUCCAUUUACUGCUUCAUUAUCUUCAGAAUGAUGCUUAUCUCGUUCUAUAUCCUCACAUCCUUUCUUUCGUCACAGUUCUUGCAACAAAUGACUGGAGCCAACCUUGCUUCAACGGAGUUUGCGAGUACUCUCUGCCCGCUAACGGUACUGCAUCUGGGUCAUUGAAAAUCUGGGGAUCUGCGAAUGCACUAUCAGACAUUACACCUGCAGCUGGCUGGGAAAUUAUCGAUUGCGCUCCAGAAGCGCUUACACAGGAGAUUCGUCUCGUCUGCUUGAAUAACGAUACCGGCUCGCCCGACUGUGAUCAUCUUUAUCAGAAUGAUGGCGCUGUGGGAAAGAUCGUUCGUUUACCGGAAAACUGUGGCCAAAACGCGUUUGCUCGGGUGGCGAGAGCAUGGGAUCCCGAAGACCAGUCUCUUCCGUCCAAUUUGGCCGCCCGUGUACUUCGCCGUGAUGGCACCGCUCCUCCUGUGAAGGCCUUGGCAUUGGACACGAAUUUCUCUGCUGUUGACUCGUCAAAGACUGGGGCCAUUAGUUUUAUUCUCCAAGGCGCCAACGUACCUAACGCCGGCUCUGAUCUCUCCUCUAUCUCAUUCGGGUCUCGGCGACGCAGUCGCCUAUCACGCCGUGGUUUCACUAGUUUUGUUGGCGACGCUAUUGAUGUCCUCGGCAGUGUUUUGGACAACGAUGUUAAUGUUGAUCAGACCCUUGAUGUCCCCAUAGACGUGGAUCAGACUUUCAAUCUUCUGAACGAGAGCGUAUCAUGCCAACCCAUAGAUGCCAAGCUAAACAUCAAUAUUGCCGCGAAGGCGCAUGCGCUUGCGACUUUGGGUAUCUCAGCCAGCGGAACUCUUGUUCCUCCCAACAUCAAUGAUUUUGCCAUUCGCGCUAAUCUUGACGCCACUUUGGACGGCGCUAUUGAUCUAUUCGCCGGUGUUACCGGAACCUUGGACUCUGGGAAAAUACCUCUUUUUCAGGUGGGUAUACCUGGACUUGAUUUCCCUGGCAUCCUUGCAAUUGGACCAACAUUUGAAAUAGAUGCUCAAGCCGUUGCGAAGCUUGACGUUGCACUCGAUCUCAAUGUCGGUGUUGUCUACAACAUCUCCAAAGCCCAAUUUGUCUUCCCGCCUAACAAAAGCGACAAUGCAAGUGGUGGAUCCUUUGAUAUAGGCGAUACUCCGUUGAAACUCUCAGUCUUGCCUGCUGCCAACGUUACGGGAACGAUUGAAGCACACCUGAUCCCGCGUCUUAAUCUAGGCAUUUCUGCUCUGGGUGAUACACUUACCGCCAACGUAUUUCUUGAGCUGGAUGCUAAUGCCGCACUUGUUUUGGAGCUUGAUGGCAGACCAGCAUUACGUUACGAAACUGGCACCUCCUUGCCUGCUGAGACCAGUUCUGCCCUGAACUACAGCACGCAGGCUUCGGUGCACGGCACAUCGAGCCCAUCUGUUUCCGCCUCUCAAGAUGCGUCGACAUCCACCGUCUUUGGCUCUGGGAGAUCUUCUUCUAUCGAUGACCCGUCAACGGAUACUGUAUCUUACAUCCCGAAUGCCGCACGCUAUCACAGGAGGCAAGGCCAUCCAACCCCCGUCGUUGACGCUGCACGGCUUGCAAGAUCAGUUUCAGCUUCUGAAAGUUCCGAGGUUGGAAGCAACUUCCUCAGCUCCAUCACUGCAGGUAGUUCGAGUGCGCUCUCAGAUACCAGCAGCAGCUUGGGCGGAUGCUUCUCUGUUAAUGCCGGACUAAACGUUAAUGUUGGAGCUGAAGGGACCUUCUUCAGUAUUUUUGACAGCAGCGUAUCGGAAUCCUUGUUUAGCAAGGAUUUUGAGCUCUUUCAGCAAUGUUUUGGUUCUCAGUCCAACCAGACUGCGAGACGUUCAACAUGGCCUCAACAGGAGCGAUUAGCGCAUCGAUCUGUGUUGGAUCUUCUUUGUCCUACUAGCGAUCUCGCACAGGCAAUCUCAGUCGUUAAUAAGGAAAUUGAUGCUGCUAGCAUCCAGAACGUGUCUUCGUAA